UAACAGUACACUUAAAUAAAUAUUAUAUUUGGGUUAAUAUAUAUUCCUGUGCAGGUAAGAACUGUCCGGCUAAAAGGUAAUAAAUCAGAUUGAAGACCUGUAAGAACCAUGUAACAUAGCUUUCUCCGACUGUACGUGACACUGGAAGGGUGGUUAGGGGGAUGGAGAAGGGCUUGAAUGUGAAUUGAAAGAGUGCAAAAGACAGCAAAUUGCAUUAUGCAUAAGCCGCUUGAGCUUGAGCCAUUAUCGAACCCCUCCACGUAGCCAAACAUGGGGAGAGGGAGCGAGACUCUGGCCAUCCGCGAGAUACGAAUCCACUGAGCGGCGAGGCGAGAGCAACUUGACGAUAGGAACCGUAUAAAAUAAGUGCGUAUAUAUAAAGCCGCCUCAUUUGGAACUCCUCGCCUUGACCAUGCACCUCAGUCAGCAUAUCGCGGUGCUGUUUUUCUGGCUCUGCUUCGCCCUCAUCGGCGGCGGGCACGGCCAGCCAUGGCGUUGGGGCCCAGCCUCAAAUAGCGGACCCAUUGGCGGUCCCGCCUGGAAUGGAGGCCAUGACGAGUCCACCGAUAACAUAGUUCUCCAUGCUAACGGCAACGGCAACCGCGGAAACAGCGGCGGCAAUUGGCGUUACUAACUUCUAACCAGUGGAAGGCGUGACCAACGAGUUAUAUUUUCCAGCAACUCUAUGAAUAACACUGUAAUUACUUUGUUUUCAAUUAGUUUUCUAAGAACUGAUUCAAUACAUACGAUAUAAUACUCCCUCAUUGUCAUACCCUCACGAAUAUGCAUAUAUCAUACCGAAAAAAUUAUUUACUUGAUGUAAAACCAAUAAAUACUCAACAAAAAUAUAAUUAUAAAUUAUUUUUAAAGAUUAUACAUCAUAUCAAUGCUAUUCUAAAGCUCUCCCAUCUUUUAUUGGUUUUUUUUGUUGAUAAGAAAUUUGAUCAUAAAAAUUUACUUCUAAAAUUAGCGUCGCAUAUACGAGGCGAUCAAGAGCAUCAAUCUAAAAUGGAGAGUUUUUUCAUUCUGUAAAUCUCAAAUAAACUAUGGACUAGCAGUAAAUAAAGUUUGGAAUCUUCUAUAGGCUUUAA